AUGCCGCUGGUCUUCCUUAGCCCGCCGAUCUCCAUCUCUACCGCGCACGCACUCGCCGCGUUCUUCGCAUGCUCAUACGUCGGUUCGCUGUACAUAUCAAAGAACGCGCGUCUCGUAUUCAAGAACGUGAGCACAAAAGGACUACAGAAUGGUCAACAACGUGCAAAGGAGGAUGACGAGCGGUGGCGCGAUGACCCGGACGUCAUUCGCGCGAGGGUCGUCGCGGCCUGCCUGAGCACCGUGGCCAACUGCACGGUCGUGCUCUGUGUAGUGUGGAGACGCCUCAAAUGGCAAUGGAAUGAUCUUCCUACUGCCCUUGAGACGACGGUGAUGCGCCUCGGAAUCGACCGUGCCCCUACGCUCGCCCAGAACGUCGUUCCCUGUCUCAUCACGCCCGUCCUCUUUCUCGGCCCCCUUUAUGGAGCUUGGCUUGCGGGCACGUUGCCGCUGCAGCGCAACUGGAGCUGGCGCUGGAACGCGCUUCCGGUCUUUUCGACAUGGCAAGGCCUGCGUAACUACAUCUUCGGCCCGCUGACGGAGGAGGUCGUAUUCCGCGCAUGUACGCUUGCCGUAUACCACAUGGCGGGCGCUUCGAGGCGCAAGAUGAUUUUCCUUACUCCGCUGCUCUUUGGAUUCGCGCACGUACACCAUGCAUGGGAGAUCUUCAACCGCUACGGUCGUGGAAAGGCUGCUGCAAAGCGCGCCCUCCUUGCCACGACCGUGCAGCUAACGUACACGUCGCUGUUUGGAUUCCACACGACGUUUCUCUUCCUGCGCACGGGCUCGCUGCUCGCGCCUCUGUCCGCGCACAUCUUCUGCAACUUCAUGGGCCUCCCACAGCCGAACGUAGAGCUGGCACGCUUUCCCGCUAGAAGAUACGCGAUCAGAAUUGCGUAUCUCCUCGGGAUUGUGGGAUACAUCUGGACGCUCGGCCGGUGGAGCCACGUCGAUGACUGCUUGUACUGGCCGGUCGAGGGAGCAAAACUGUUCUACUAA